CUUAAAAAAAAAUAAUAAUAAUUUAUAAGAAAAAUAAAACCAAUUUUACUUAAAAAAAAGUGCAAAAUGGCAGCAAUCACAGUAAAGGAUUAUCUCUACGACAGCACAACUUAUGCACCGCAAACAACAUACGCUGACGCCGACGACUUCAUCACCACCAACGUCGCGGACUACACGGAGCGCCCUCUCCUCAAUUUGGCAGCAGUCACGCCAGAUGGCGUAGUCGACCGGCUGCUACAUUCCGGCGAGCAAUUGUCACAUAACCAAAUCACCUUCGAGAUACCAUCACAUCACGAUCUCGAGCACAUCAAUAAGCUGCACACAUUCAAUACACUGUUGCAGCGCAUUGGCAAUGUGGCAUACGAUACUGUUGCAACGAACGGUGGGCAUAGUCGGUCAAUGGCGGUGGCAGAAAGCUCGCGUCCCUUUGGCGUGGAUGCCAGCGGUGAACGCAUAACGAGCGAACAAAUCUCCAAGAGUGCGGUGCUGAAUUUGGCCGAUAUCAAGAGUGGUGUCAGUGGCAGUGUGGGUGGCAGUUUCUUGGAGGAUUUCUUCGGCAAUGCCGAUAUGCAUGCGGUGGUCAAUUAUUUGUGGUUUGGUGUCGUUGUUGCGUUGGUGGUGCUCUCCGUGAUUUUCAUUAUAUUCUCCUGCUAUUUUUAUCGCAAAUUCCGGCACUGGAAGGAAUGCAAUAAGGACAUACGCAAUCACUUGAACGGCGACAUGUACACCGAUGGCCAUCUUGUCGUUUGCGAUCGCUUAAUGGACGCCCAUGGCCAACAUAUGGCAACAGCUGCCGCUGCCGCCUAUUAUCAACAGCAAAUGGAAUCACCACCUUGCUACACCAUCGCCACUGGCCUGCCAACGUACGAUGAGGCAUUGCAUCAUCAUCAACAGCAUUUCUCCUACGGCAUGAAAUUCAUGUAUCCUUCGAUUACGGCUGUGCAUCAUCAUCCGGCAAUUGCUGGUGUUUAUAGCAGCAACACCCACAGCAACGGCGUAUUAACAAACACGGUGAAGCAGCAAUGUGACGAGCAACAACAACAAGUGCAAGUGCUAGAACAACAGCUAAUGAAGCAGAAAUCACACAAAGUGUCGCCGAACACAGCGCGGUCGUCGUCGGCGGAGUUGGUCAUGCCCGCCACCUACGAUAUUGCAGAUUUACAUGGACUCAAUUUGCCAUUGACAGCAAUGAGUGUUACAGCACCGCUGUUGGGUGUUCAAGCGAGCACAGAGAAAUUAUCAGCCACACUGGACGAAGUGCUUACCAUUCGCUUGGAUGAGAUGACACCAACGGCUACGCUGCCUACGGUCACGACGGCCACAACAACAACGCGUCGUCCAACCAUGUUCUAUAAUGAGUUGGCGCGCGACUGCGGUGCUGGCGAGGAGCAGCUGUGUAGCGCAGUGACGAUAGCGUGAUCGCAUUAAACACGCGCCAAUGCCGGAGCACGAAGUCGCUGGUCCGUAUGGAGAGGGGCCGCUGUGUGCUAGCCUUGUAAAUAUCUGUAUAUAACUGUGUAAAUAAACUGCCGCUGGCCGAAGUAUGAUAAAUAAGCCAACCACUGCUGCUGCUGCUGCUGCUACUUGUAUAGGCUCACAAGCGAACACAGAGAGACUAAUUAACGUAAUGACAUUUCAAAUGAGUCUGUAAAACGCAAUGUCUAUACUUCUUUAGUUAAUUCAAAUGGAGAGUUAGAUUAAUUUCAUAUUUUUUUCUUAAAACUGGUUCUAUCUCGGCUUGCUUUAAUUUGAAAGAAAUGUUUAAAACUACAUUUUUUUGUAUCCAAAAAUGUCAUAAUUUCUUUAAUAAAAAUAAAUUAUUUAUUUUUUCAUUUAAGUUAUUAAUUAAUUUGUUUAAAAAGACUGAUUGUUCAUUAUAGUUGCGUAUAAACAUUUUUAUAUGUAAUUUGCAUGUAAAUUAUCAACAUACACGUACACAGGUAGUUAUGUAGGUAUGUAUUACAUAUUUCUGAAUACAUAUUUAGUUAGCAAGCAAAUGCAAGUAGUAAAAUGUAUUUAUCAACAAAAUUUGUAAAAAUAGUUAAGUAUUUCGAUAGUUAAAUAAGUAAAUUAAAUG